AUGGAGCGCGUACAGCACAUGACCAAAUCUGCUAUCCGGCGGGCAUCUCAGAUCGAGGUAACUCCUCAGGCCAAAAGAAACCUGCAGGAGCUAUUCGUCAACUUUACCCUGAUCCUAAUAUGUCUGCUGCUGAUCUACAUCAUCGUUCUGCUGAGCAGCUGA